UGGACCCAUGCAGUAGUGGUAUCGAGAUAUUUUGCGUGUAUGUAGCUGGUAGAAUAUUUUUGGCCCUACGAUGCCAAUGAACUUUGUUUAAUAACCGUUAGAUAUGAGUUAAAUAUUAGAGGCGGUGAAGAUUUCAGAUAUUUUAUUUUUCAAGGUUGUGAUCUUUUUUCUUUUUGAGCUGACGAUUUUUAGCAGAGGAUUUGUUCUGUGAAGGAGAGAGUUCGAAAAAAUGGGAGAGGCAGUGAUCAGUAGCGAAGAGUUUGAAAUAGAGGAGGAGAAGAAGAGGAACGAGGAAGAAGAACAAGAAGGAGAAGAAGAAGGGCAAGAGGAGACGAUAGGGAAGAAGAGGAAGGAAGUUAAUGGCAGUUUGAGGAAUGGAAUGGCGGUGAAAUGGUCGAAGCUGUUUCCGAGGAUGGUAUUGAGAGUAUUGUUGGUGGAAGCUGAUGAUUCUACUAGGCAAAUUAUAGCUGCUCUGCUCAGGAAAUGCAGUUACAAAGUUGUUGCUGUUCCAGAUGGCUUAAAGGCAUGGGAGAUGCUGAGAGGAAGGCCCCAUAAAAUAGACCUUAUUUUGACAGAAGUUGAUUUACCUUCAAUAUCUGGAUAUGCGCUUCUUUCUCUAAUUACGGAGCAUGAGAUCUGCAAAAACAUACCAGUUAUAAUGAUGUCCUCACAGGAUGCAACUAAUACGGUUUACAAGUGCAUGUUGAGAGGUGCUGCUGACUAUCUUGUUAAACCUAUACGGAAAAAUGAACUGAGAAAUUUGUGGCAGCAUGUAUGGAGAAGACAAUCUUCUCUUGCUGAGGUAGAUGGCCUCCAAGAUGAAAGUGUUGGACAGGAUAAGGUAGAGGCUACUUCAGAAAAUAAUGCUGCCAGUAAUCAUUCAAGUGGCAACAUGGCUUGUAUUCAACAAAAUAAAGAAUUCAUUGAGAAAGGAAGUGAUGCUCAGAGACUGCAUGUUUGCUGUCUCUUGCAGAGCUCUUGUACAAAGCCAGAUGCAGAAGCUGAGAGCGCCCACAUGGAAAAUAAGCGGGACCUUUUAUGGGGCAAUUUUUUUCUGAAUGGCAUAAAAAUGCAGAAACAUGAAGCAAUCACAAAUUAUGGUCAGAAAUUGGUUAUGCAUGAGAAUCAAGCCGGGGGAUCAGGUGUGGCUGCCUGCAAGGAUUCUAACAGAAUGACCGUGCAUGAGGAUAUUGAACCAGAAAGUCAAAGGAUGAAUGCUAAUGACAUCCAUGAGGCCUACGACAACAACCAUGUCCACGUCAACUUUUCUAGAGAAGCUAUUGAUUUCAUGGGAACAUCUGCUAGUCACAAUUCUUCGGACAAUGUCAAAAGCAAGUUCGAUAUUUCUUCACACUUGGAUCUGUGCUUAACAGGACAUAAUCCUAGUGGCUUUGAAAUUCAACAUCCAGAAGAAAGAUGUACUCUCAGGAUUUCUAAUGCUUCAGCAUUUACUCGGUAUUCCAACAGGCAAUCACAGCAGUUACAUUCAACAUUGGAAACCGUUCAAAAGGAUGCUAAUCCUGGGAGAAAACCAUCCAGCACUUUUAGUGUGUAUAACACUGAUAACCCUGGUCCAUCACCAAAUACAGAAAGAAGUAAUGCCUCUAUAGCUAAUAUUAAAACCAAAGAGUACGAAAUUGUAAUUCCUUGCUCUCAACAAAGAGUAUUUCCACUACAUAUUCCAGUCAAUGGUAUGAGCUUCAAUAACCUAUGUACCAACUAUGGUUCUGUAUUUCCUCCAAUUUUCUGUAAACAAUCUGGUGCAUCACCUAUACCGAGUCCAAGUUCAUGCAGCCAGCCAGAGCCAACCUCUAAAGUGAAUGCAUUUCCUCAGUCUACUUUGAGGAGUAACUCCGAUCAGCUCUAUGAUUGUCUUGGUCAAACUGCAAAAGAUUCCACUAGUCCAUCUCUUCAAAAGCAGGAUCACAAGUUGGAUUCUUUGGAGGAUCGAGGACAUAUUUCUGCUGCCACUGAUCAUAGUGCAACUAGCAGCUUCUGCAAUGUUAGUGCAACUCAUCUUAACAUGGGCUAUGGAAGCACUUCUGGGAGCAAUAGCAAUGUGGAUCAGGCUGCUAUUAUCAGGACUACUUCAGAAAGAAAAAAUGAAGGUGGUAUUUUACAUAAUGAUGCAAAUUCACAUCGAGCUAUACAAAGAGAAGCAGCUUUAACAAAGUUUCGCUUGAAGCGGAAAGAUAGAUGCUACGAGAAGAAGGUUCGCUAUGAGAGUAGGAAAAAACUUGCAGAGCAACGGCCUAGAGUGAAAGGUCAAUUUGUUCGUCAAGUGCAACUCCCAAUUUCAGAAACUGAGCAGUAACAUGGAAAUUCCAUUGAUCGGUAGCUACCAUGUUCAAACUGUUAAUUCGCGUGGACUCCAUAUCAUAGAUUUUCGAGUAGAUAGUGAUAGUUUCUGCCUUUUAGUUUGGGAGUUCAAAGAUAAAAAAUGGGAAGAAAUAAGAAAAGAGUCUCAGGUGUUUCUGGAAUAAUUAUCCAAAUAGUUCCUUCCCUAAUGUUGUAGAGAAACCUGACAGAAAAUGUAAGUAAGGGAUAGUGGGGUUCCUUGCUAACUUGUUACCUGUGAGCCAUUUCAGAUCCCUUCCUCCUUUCUACAUCUUUAUCUUCUUUGUGGGAUUAUCCCUAUCUUGUGCAGAAUAGGUUGUAGUUUCAUAGAUUAUAGGUUUUCUUUUGUGUAGUUUGGGAAGGGUUGUCUGAAGUCACUUUCACUAAGGUUUUACAUUUAAUUUUCUACAUUCGAGUAUUUAGUAUAUAUGAGCUUUAGAGGAGACUGACUGACUAGUAGUGGCUUGAUGUUCUUUAAAGACAGCUGCUUGCUCAAUUUUUGGGUUUUUUCUGAUUGAGCUUUAUGUAAUCAACGAUACUGGUGGUGUUGAAGCAGAAAGGACAAACAAGUCUUUUUUUUGUUCACUCUUUCUCCUGUCUUUCUUUAUUCCUUGUAAUUUGUUGAUUAUGUUGCUGAUAAUUUUGUAAAAGCAUUAUAUCAACUACAGAUACUGGGCAGGUUGACGAACCCAGGACAAACAUGUGGUUAAAUAUAUACGUAUUCCAUGUAUAACUUGAAAUGUGAAAAGUUCUAGCAGCUACAUAGUUUUAGUUUGA